CGCGUUGAUGUUCUCGAACAGCUCGACAAUAAACACGCUUAGAAACCUGACAUAUUCUCGCAUCUUGUCUUCUUCCCUCGUGCGAUAACGACUGCCGCUCGCCUAUCUGACUCUGGGUUACUCACACCUGCACCGCCCUGCGCCCUACACUCGUCUGACAACCUCGAGGACUCUUCUUCUCAGACCAGCGACAUCAGAUGGCAAAGAGCAAGAAGGAACGGAAGAAGGACGCCACCGCCGCCAGCGCUGCCCCCGUGACGCUUCCGGAGAAGGAUGAUGGCGCCGGUGUCGUCGGCUCAGUCCCUCCACCCGCGGGCGCAAGCUACGAUCCAUGGGCGGGCGCGGGCAACAACACGCCCGAUGUCCCAACCCCGCAGGCGAUCCCUGCGCCAGGCAUCGCGGGCUGGAGUGUGCCGCCGACACCGUCCAUGCCCACAGGCGCCCCCUCGCCGGUGAUGAUGUCCAGACCGGUCAGCAACGCCUCCAAGCAAGGCGCCUGGCAAUCGUGGGGACAGGAAAGUCGCUCCUCAAAGGCAGGUGGAUGGGGGAGCGCCGGGGGCGCUGGGGCACAAACGGCGGGAGGUUGGACGGCCGCAUACUCAGGCGACGGAUGGAAUCACUACGACGAUGAGGAGGAGGAAUCGAGCGAUGAGGAAGAGUAUCCCACGGGAUACGUCCCCCACAGCCACAACGUUCUCGGCGGAGGGGGACACCAACCACUAUCGAGAGGACACCAAACCGCACCCGCCAAUGCGUGGAUGAGCUGGGGAAAGACGCCAGUGGACGCACCACCGCAACUUCCUCCAUCUCACACUCGCGCCCCCAUGACACCACAGCAACGAUCACAGACGCUCAACGCCCUACUCAGCCAACCCGCUUCACCUGGCAUCCGGCCCCCUCAACAAUCUGGUCGACAUAGCAGCGCGUUCACGCAAGCCAAGUCUGCUCCGCCGCCGCCUCAGCCCGCGGCGGACAAGAAGGCCAAGCGGCAAACAGGCUUCUUCGGCGGGUGGGGGAAAUCCUCAAAGAAGCCAGAACCACCUGCGCCCGCACCUGUCGGCGGCGGAUGGGGAGAUGCUGGGACAGCAUGGGGCUCUGACGCUGGAGGAUGGGGCGCUGGCGACACAGGUGGUGGUGGGUGGGGCGACGCUUGGGGAACUGGCAACGGCAAGAGUGCGCAGGGCAAUGGCGGGGGUGGAGGCUGGGACGAGUGGGGCGCGUCAGGCGCCGACAACAGCUGGCCAACAAACACCAUCUGGGAGGAAGACGAGGAAGAGGAUAUCACGGGGACACCUAGGAAGGUGCACUUUACACCUUCGACGCCGGGGUCGUCCGCUGGGUAUGGCGGUGACGCCGGGCAUGACUUCACGUCGAGGACGCUUGCGUAUGCGUCGAGCCCGAGAGGGAGCUUGUCCGACCGGGCCAACAAGCGUUUUGUGGAAAGCAAUGGCGCGGCUCUCAUGCCCGUGCAAAGGGCACUCUUCGGACGUUCCCGUCCAGCAAAGGAUCGAAUACAUUGGGGCUUCCCUCCUGGCAAGAACGUCAAAGUCGCGACCAUCAUCAACAUGGUCCACCACCUCUCCCACAGCAUCGCCGACUUCGGUAUCAGUAAAUUCCUUGCUGCAGGCGAGCGCGGCGCCCUCUUCAUCAACGCCACCUACCGGCACCCCGGGCACCCCGACGAGCCCGCCUUUGACUGGCUCACCUUCCCCCAGCUGCAGCAGACGCUCGACUUCACGCUGCAGGACUCCGUCGCGUUCAGCGACCCCGCGAAGGUCGUUGUGGUGUUUGUCUUCCUCUCGUCGGAGAGCGGGAACAGCGUCGCGAUGUGGCGCGUGAAGCUGAAGGUGCCCCCGGAUGUGCUGGCGGUGCGCGGGCAGGCGAUUGAGGAGCUGAAGGCCGCGCUGCCGGCGAGGGAGAAAUAUGUGAUCUUUUUGGAGCCAGGCGAAGGCCCGCCCGCGCGCGCUUGGCGGAACUCGUCCGGCUCCCAGCAGCAGCAGCCGCCACGGCCCACACGGCGUCUCAGCAAAAAGGGAUCCCUCAAGGGGAAGAACAAGCGCGAAGGUAUCGUGGUGCCCACGGAGGGCCUCAUACCCCAACCACAGCCGAAGAAGAAAAAGAAGUGGUACCACAUGUUCAAGAUUCGGUGGUCGUAGCUUCGCCCUUCGCUAUCCCCUUGACCAUUCUGCCUCCACCCUUCCAUCGCCUCGCAUGCUCGCUCCUGCUGUUUCCCUGAUUUAUUCCUCUAUCUAUGAUCCCGCCUGCCCAUCUAUAUUCCAGCUCCUGUUGACGCCCUUACGUCCCCUUCAUGCCAUUGCUUUUCCGUGUUGUUUGCUCUGACGCCUGUAUAAUCUUAUGGUUCUCAUGUACUGAUCCAUCUUACGCUGACACGCUUCGUUUCCUUUGGACGGUCUUGAUAUCUUUACGCCCAUUACUAUACCUCCCGCUAAUACCCUUGCCUAUGAUACCACGCGUACGAUACCUCACUGACUUACGACUUACGGAUCUUCCAUUGCCCUUGACAAUGCGUGAAUUGCCAUUGAUGCGCGUAGCUUGUCAUUGCUUCGCGCAGAAUCUCAACACGUUCAUCCGAUU